AUGGGUAACGGUGAUAACUGCAACCCAAACUGGAAGGAUGCAUCCUUUUCCUAUUACAAAUAUGUCCCGUCUCUUGCUGCCGCAGGGAUAUUCACCGGCUUCUUCUUUUUAGCAUUCGCCGGUCAUUCAUUUCGAAUGAUCAAAGCGAGGGCUUGGUUUCUAAGUCCGUUGGUAAUAGGAUGCUUAUUCGAGGUCCUUGGUUUCGCCGGCAGAGCAGUUUCGGCAAAUCAAGAGCCAGGAUGUUGGACGCAGCCGCCUUAUCUUGUCCAAACAUUAUUCAUCUUGUUGGCUCCGGCAUUAUUCGCAGCUUCCGUUUAUAUGACUCUUGGACGAAUUAUCGAGGUCGUGGACGGAGAAAAAUAUGCAAUUAUCAAACGAAGAUGGCUUACGAAGAUAUUUGUUUGCGGAGAUAUCGUAUGCUUUCUUCUCCUCGGUGGCGGUGGUGGCAUGCUGGCCUCUGCAAAGACGAACAAAUCAGCAUUCGACUUGGGCAACAAUAUCAUCAUCGGCGGACUUGUGCUGCAGCUGCUGUGGUUUGGACUUUUCGUUGUGAUAACUCUCCUAUUUCACCGUCGAAUGAUGCUCUCCCCGACAGCCCGAAGUUACCAGCCAGAUAUAAAAUGGAGAAGUUACCUCCACGCUCUAUAUGUUGCCAGUGCACUCAUUAUCGUGCGGAAUAUUUUCCGUCUUAUUGAGUAUUGCCAGGGAAGCAAUGGCUAUUUAAUGACUACAGAGGUCUUUGUCUAUUGCCUCGAUGCCUUACCGAUGUUUUUGGUUGUUGCUUGGUUUCUUUGGAAAUAUCCUGGAGAAAUUAGCGGACUCCUUCGAAGAAAGGAGUUAUAUGACGGUUCAAUGCAUGAGAUUUGA